AUGUCUCGCGCGGGAACCUGGCUCAAAAUGCUGGGAGCCGGCAUCGUCAUCUGCGUCGGCGGCCCAGCCUUUGUGCAAUCCAUCCGUCCCACCGAUGAGGAACUCUUCAAACGCUACAACCCCGAGCUCCAGCGGCGCAGUCUGGAAGAAGGCGAUCGUCGCGCCCAGGAGUUCGACGACUACGUCAAUCGUCUGAAGCAAUGGUCCAAGUCUGAUAAGUCGAUUUGGUACGCCGCGCAGGAACAACAGGAACAGAAACGCUCUGAGGCGGAGGCGCUGCGCAAUCAGGCAAAGGAUGAGGCGCGGGCGCAACGAGAGGAGAUGCGAAAGGAGCUUCUGGGUGGGAAAUAG